GAACUGGAAAAAACAGGUCAGGAGCGUUCCAGAUUCGAAACCUAUUGGUUGACCUAGUGCCAAUCUUUAGAAUUGAAUUGUAUGAUAAUUUAGUUCUCAAGAGGUUGUACCUGGCAAAUAUAAAAAGUAUUCGACGCGGUGGAAUGUCAGUCUUAAGAACGUCAUAGCAGCUAUGAGGUUACUCUCGACAACGUUGGCUUUCGCAGCAUUUACUGGCGUGCUGUCCGUCAAAUUAACAUACUCAAAUUCUAGUCUUUUUCAUAUCCGUGUCGUCACUUGGAGCGUUAAUAAAAACAAUUUACCGAAUGAUUUGUCAGAUUUAGUCGGUGUGAAUAAUUGGUCACAAACCCCCGAGGCUGACAUGAUUGUCAUCGGACUCCAAAAUUUAGGAAUAUUGGCUAAUGAUAAAGACGAGUGGAUCAAGGCUUUGAAGGCUGAAGCUAGCGGGUACUAUACGAUCGAUGCCAGUGUACACAAGGGCAAUGCGCUUGUUGUCUUGGCCAAGGUUACCAUACCGUCCAACUUUAGUACAACAUUAGUUACACGAGCUGUGAAUUUGAAAAUGUUUUCCAAAGUCGGCGCCAUCAUAACGAAUUUUAACUUGUUUAAUACCCAAUUCACCUUCGUCGGUUUGCGUCUCAGCGAAAAAGCCGAUGCACAAAGGAGGAUCAAUCAAUACGAGGCAGUCAGAAAGAAUAUAAAGGAAAACUAUGAUCCAGAUAGCGAUUACGUGUUUUGGCUCGGAAAUUUUAACUUCAAGAUCGACCUAGAUUCAACUAAUGUCAAGCCCCUCAUCGAGAAGAAGGAUUGGUCCACACUUCUACUUCACGAUCAGCUCAAGAAAGCUCAAAAGGAUAAAGAGUCGUUUGAAGAUUUGACGGAGCAGAAUAUCAAUUUCAGACCCACGUACAAGUUCAAACCAUCUACUAACACUUAUAACUGGAAUGUGACACCUUCCUGGGCAGACAGGAUCUUGUUCCGUUCGAAGAAAAACAGUACACUCACACCCCUUAAGUAUGAACUUAUCGAGGAAUACACAAAGACUGAACACAAACCGGUCGUGGGUGAAUUUUUCGUGAGAUUGAAUUGUCGUAGUAGUUGUAGUAAUUCACGUUAUCCACUCAGUACGGAUUUAUCCACUUCUAGACCAAUUUUAUAAAUAAAAUCUUUGAGGAAGUGGAUCUGUUAAUUUAACCAGUAUAAAAAUAAAUAUUUCCUUUAUUUUUUAUAA